GGCGUGGCUCUGCUGCGCAGCUACGGAAGCUGCAGAGCGUACACAGCUAACGAGCUAGCUCCCUGAAAAUGGCUGGUUGGGGAAGAUUCGCCGCCGUCCUGAGGAACGUUUUAAAGAGCCCUCGGUCUCUGAAAAGUUUAGCACUGCGCCGUGCUGUCGGUCCUGGUGUCCUGGGCUCUGUUAUCGGCACUGGUUUGAUCUGUUAUUACCAGUAUCAUGCAAACAGCAGGACUCUGCCCUUCGCCGUUCACGCUGCGGAACAAAAAGAAGCUCCAGCUCCCCAGCUGUCUGCCAGAAAGAUCCGUUUCAUCCAGUUCGCCUCCGUGGUCUAUGAACAAGAGCCCUACAUGACCCCGAGAGACUUUCUGUUCUCUGUGAUGCUGGAGAACGUUGACCGUAAACUGCAGAAGAGAGUCUUAACAACUGAGGAAGUGAACAACAUGCUGACGGCUGCCUCCAAAGCUCGUGCUGGUAAUGAUCUGUUCAGGACCUUAGGAGACAAUGGUUUGCUGUCAUACACAGAGUAUCUGUUCCUGCUGACCAUCAUGACCAAGCCACGCACAGGAUUUCAUAUAGCUUUCAAAAUGCUUGAUGUUGAUGGGAAUGAGCAUGUCGACAAAAAGGAGUUUCUCAAGCUCAAGAAAAUCAUUGGGAAAAGUAAAAUGAGAUUACCAAAGGACAGUGCAGAGAAACCAGCAGAGGACGGGGAAGCCGCCAACACCACGCUGCAGGCCUACUUUUUUGGGAAGAAAGGAGAAAAGAAGUUGCAGUAUCAGGAAUUCCGCAGGUUCAUGGAGGACCUGCAGGCUGAAGUGCAGGAGAUGGAGUUCCUGCAGUUCUCCAGAGGUAUGGACACCAUGCGAAGAGAAGACUUUGCCGAGUGGCUGCUUCACUACACCAACGAAGAAGACAAUGAAAUCUACUGGGAGAACAUGAGGAGGAAGAUCCCUGCUGGCCAGAGCAUCACAUUUGAUGAGUUCAAAGCCUUCUGCCUCUUCACCAACAACCUGGAGGAUUUUGCCUUUUCAAUGAAAAUGGUCACUGAAGCCAACCGUCCUGUGGGAAUGGCCCAGUUCAAGCGAGCAGUGAGGAUCGCUACAGGCCACGAUCUGUCUGAGAAUGUGUUGGACACAGUAUUUAAACUGUUCGAUAUGGAUGGAGACAACUGCCUGAGCCAUAAGGAAUUCAUCGGCGUGAUGAAAGACCGAGUCCUGCGGGGUCUGAAGGUGCAGCAUCAGAACGGCAUCUCAGGCUACUGGAAGUGUGUGAAGCGAGAGACCCUGAAGGGAGCUCAGGAGGCCCUGGGAGACACCGGGUGCCCCAUCUGAACCACCGAGAACCACUACACGACUGAUCACUCAUACCACUGCUCAUUUUGGGAUCUUAGAAUCAAAUUAGUGGUGAGAGUGAGAUUAUACAAGUAACCACAUGUAAAAUAAAUAUAGGAUUUAUACCACUGUCUUGUGUACACGUUUACAGAUUAAUAUAUCUGUUGUUUGAUAUUAGCUAUAGAUCUGUGGGUGUGGUUGAGGUGUUUACAGUUACUUUUGUAUUGUGUGGGUAAGCAUUUUAUAUACACGAUGGGAGACUAAUGAAUUUUUCACUCUACAAAUGACAUGCACUUCAGGAACCAGAUUAUAGUUGGCUCGUUUCCUCAUAAUUUCAAAAUGAGAAACCUGGAGAUAGUAUCAGAGGAAGGAAUAUGCAGUUGUGAUUUCUCUGACCAUUGUUUCAAUUUGACUUGUGGUCCUUUUUUUAAGUCAACAUUUACUGUGCAAUAGAUGUAUAAUGUGAUGGAGUGUACAAAGUGCAAAUAAAAAAAGAUGGAAUAAAUUCCUAAGACAUCA